GCUCAGACAAAACAACAAUGAAAAGCAAAUAGGGAAAGCUUCGUUCAAACAGAGUUUUCUGAUUUCCUUCUCCACAGCAACUCGACGGGAAGCCAAAGAACGUUUUUAAAACAAUUGUAAUUGAGAGGAGAAUUGAAAAGAUUUGAACUGCACAGUUUGAAUUUUGUAGGAGCAUUGGCCAGUAGCAGACAUCAAGUGAGUGGACUUAAACUGCGACCCCUGCCACCAUGACUGUAGCCUAAUCCAACGAGUGUGAAUGAAAACCAGAUUUCCGAACUUACCCACGACGUCAGACCAAGAAGAACAGCUUGGCAACUGAACACAAAGGAAGUGGUAAACUUGCACGGGAAGAGCCCAACUGUAAGAAAUGAAGCAACGGAACGGGCUGUAUAUGCUACUUCUGAGUCAUUUCGCAAUAUUAUCUGGAUGCAUUGUGGUGGCGUCCAACAGAGAACCGCACUCAAGAACACAAUUCGAAGAUAUCAGGCCCCACCUGGAGACACUGAAAACAGGAGGAAUAAAGAUUGGAAACUACUCAGUAUUGUCAGUUGACAUCAAGUAUAAUCGCUUACUUGUAGGAGCAAGAGACAAUGCACUCCUAGUGGAUCUGGGAAACAUAAAUAGUGUUGAAUCUUGGAAUUUGACCACCCAAAGCCUUGGAUGUGAUAAAAGACAGGAUCCUUCAUGCCAUAACUAUGUGAAGUUAAUGCUGCCAUUUGAGGAGAGGAUAUUUAUCUGUCUGACAAGGGGCUGUAUCUGGAGAAAUAGGACGAAUUUGAAUGCAGCUCCAGGCAGAGAUAGUAAUCAGAAUGUGUUUAUAGCUGAUGAAAAUUAUUAUAGCACACCAAGUCAAAAUGACACGGGUGUUAUAACAGAAAAUGGGAGAGUCUUCAGAGGAACAAUAAACUUAGCAUCAAGAAUAUCCAUGAUUCAUGGUAAAAGUUUUAAGCCCAGAAUCAGUGAAGUGUCCACUGAUUUUAUGUCUGAAAGUGACUUUUACUCUGAUGUACAUUUCGUCAAGAGUUUCAUCAUUGGGAAAUAUGUGUACAUCUUUUUUCGCGAGCGGACAAUGGAAUGUAUGAGCUGUGGAAAAUAUAAAGUCUCCAGGGUAGCACGUAUAUGUAAGGGUGACUAUGCUGGUCAGUCUACCCUCAGAAAGUACUUUAUAACUUACCAGAAGGCCAAACUUGUUUGUUCUGAUGGAGGAGAAUAUCCAGUUUAUUUCAAUGAAAUUCAGGAUGUUUGGUGGGAUUCAGAAACCAACCUGUUUCAUGCAAUUUUCACCUCUCAUCCCAAUGGCCCGCCAUCAUCAGCCAUAUGUGUGUACAAUUUGACAGAUGUCAAUAAUGUUUUUUACACGAGUCUUUUCGAUAGUAGAGAGGCAGGAAGUGGAAAGUGGGUGACGGUGGAGAACAAAUUCAAAGAGUAUUUUGAUGGGUGCAAAGUAAACGAGAAGUACUUAAUUUCUAACCCCCGUCCAGUCCCAGACGGUAUGAUGGGAACAAAGAACAUGGUUUAUAACGUGUAUAAAGACCUCUCGCACGAUCCUCUCAUGCAUGAUCCAGUGCUACCCACCAGCCUCGACUCGGUUCAAAAGCAAGGAAACAAGGCCUGGUUUGUCAAAGAUGGGAUCAGGAUGACAGCCAUUGUUCUGGACAAAGUUGGUGAACACACUGUUGUAUACACAUCAACAGACCGAGGAUCUGUGCUUAAAAUUUCACAAGUUGCUGGCUCUCGUCAACCCUGCCUUCUCACCGAAAUCGACCUUUUUCCGAUCAACAGACAAGAAGUCAUAAAAGCUAUGACGAUUGAUCCAAAACAGCAUAUCCUGUACUUCGGCUCAGACACAGCUCUUACAAAGUUGAGGCUAGAGCAGUGUGGUAGUCACACACACCGCAGGUCCUGUAUAUCUGCUUCUGAUCCUUAUUGUGCAUGGAACAAGGAAACAAGGCGUUGUGUUUCAGUUUUAUCCUCCAGAGAUUCAAACAAAUUGAGGAAAGGCUCGAGUACUUGUCCAAAGACAACAGAACAAAUCGCAUGGUCCCCUUGGAAAACUUGUGAAGGCAGUGAUGGAAAUCUUUGUCGAUGUCGAUUUCGUCCCUGCCAGGACAGGCAAAACUCCUCCUGUCAGGGUGGAUAUGAGUUACGAUUUGAAAACUGCACAGUGAACGUUAUUGUCGGAUCUGAGAGAGAGGAAUGGGAGAAGUAUGGUGUGCAACACGGCAACUGGAGUGCAUGGGAUACUUGGACGGAUUGUGAAACAAAGCCAUGGGUUGGGGUAAGAAAGCGGACAAGAAACUGUACUAAUCCGGUCCCCAGGAGAGGAGGGAGACCGUGUGUAGGAGAGGCUGUGCAAUAUAAGUCCUGUAACUUGGGAAAACACGAGGUGGAAAAACGGCUGUUAACAAACCCAACAAGAUCUUUAAACCUAUCGGAAAACAAGGGUGUUCAUUUUGAAGUGAUCUUUAAAACCACUGGAUAUAACAUAUCUAACAUCAGUGUUGAAAUACUCAACAAGACAUUUGAUUGCGAGAAACAAAGAGAUCUCUGUGGAGAGGGAGAAUGGAAAGCCUGGUGCGAUUGGGGUCAGUGUUCUGGGGAAGGAUUUCAAAUAAGAAGAAGAGAUUGUAAAGUGGAGCCUUGUGUUGGGGAAAGGUUACAAGAAAGAAGCUGUGAACCAACUUCACCCAGCAACUGUAAAGGUGAACUCGACACUAAUAGCUGGGACGUGUGGUCUGUGUGCGAGUGUAAUCAUGAUCUAAAACUGCCUGACGGGAGUGGUGUCAGGUCUCGGCAACUUAAGUGCCGAAGGGACUGUCCCAACUCAGUGGAAUGUCCUAAUAACGUCCAGUACGGAACUUGCAAUUGUAGUACUGCAGUUUCCGGAAGGCGAACUGACUCGGAAGAGACUGAAAGAUCAAAGUUUGUAAGUGGUCUCGCAAUCGGGCUGCCAGUCGGCCUUGUGGUGAUCAUCUUGGUAGUUCUGGGUAUUUAUUGCGUUAAACGAAAACAGAAGGAAGAACCAUCAUCAUACAGUGUUCCAAAAACUCCUGAACGUAGUCCUAAAAGUGAUUGUCACUACUCGCCAAUGAAUGGUGUAUCCACGAGAGGUCGUCCAUCCUCAGAAAGUCAGAGUAAAGAAAACAACAGAAACACUAGGAAAAAUACGUGUUUAGAGUUUAAAGGGUUUAUUCUGUGCAGAACAGAGCGUGCUCCGAGCGAAAGUGUAUAGCUUAGGGAAUUAGACGGAGAUUUUGUUUACAGAAAGGACCCGCCCUAGUGCACCUCGGUCAAGGCAACCUACGACUGUCAACUGUCACGCAAUUUAUGUUCUGAAUUCGAUGGGCCGUCACUCCCACACAGACCUGUUUGUUGUUGCGCGAGAGGAGGGGGAAGGGGCAUCAGCCCACCCCACCCUUCCCUGGUUGGAGGACUAUCAAAUAUCACGGCUCAACGAAUUAGAUCAAAGAGUAGAGGUACUAUUCUCAGUUCAAAGCAGAUGUCGUCGAGCUUCAAUGCUUGGUUCAAGGGAAUGGAAAACGAGGCGUUUCCCCGCAGCUUUGGAAAAAAUUCUUUCGUUGUGCAGUAUGAUUGCAAGUGGGUAAGUUACUCGCCUGCACGUUCCAGAUUUUGUGGGCAGGGUCGAAGAGGAACAAAGGAACGCGUUUUGAGCAAGCAAGGCUGCAUACUGGUGAAGCGUCUUCAAAAUAUAGUUAGACGGUUGUAAAUACUUUUAAUAUCUUUUGGAUUCCCUUCCCAUUUAUAGACUGGCUAGAGCGCAUGAUUCGUUUCAAAACUUACCAACAUUUAUCAGCAAUUUGGUUUGAUGACGUCUCGAUAUUGCGCGAUUAUUAAAACUGUUUUCCUACGGAAGACUUCAUUCCGCUCUAAACGGGCGUCAGUUUUAAGCUUUUUUUUUUGCAAAAAAUUAAAUUUAGAUGGUGUACGAGAUAGUUCGCCUUUGGGAAAAAACUGUAUAUCCUAUAUCGUUCGUGACAUAUCGUCCAAUGCGCAGCGUUUCAUAAAUACGUUAGUAAAGGAUUAUUCAUCUAUUUAUUGUGUAGAUAAACGUUUAACAUUUUUUUGGAAUUGAAGGAAGUCCAAAUUUCUCGCUUAAAUUCGUCAUGUGUAGCUAAUUCUAUAUAUGACCAUAAAUUGUUUUUAUAUUACAUAGCAUGUUGUCUAAUAAAAGAAAUAAAACGCUGGAGAAUGAAUAGCUAUUUUGCAUCUUCUAGUCACGUAACCUGUUCCACCCAGAAACAAAGGUGUAACUGACAAGAAGCUAAUUUUUUAUUUUCGUUAAGCUGGGAAUCGGAUAAGGAGAAUUAAGAAAAGUCCUGUUUUGCUGCCUGCGAGCUAAGUGAAUCCGUGAGUUAAUGAGGAGAGAAUUCUCAUUAUUUUUCGCAUACGAUGCGAAAGUGAAUCCUAUGGAUUUGCUUAUUUCAUUCUAGAGAUUAUAUCUUCAGUAAAGUUUCCGCAAAGAUGAGUAAUCAUGAUUGAACAGUAUGGAAUCACAAAAAAUUAAUUAGUUAGAUUGGAGGAGGUCGUGUGACUCCAAGGUGCAAAAUUGUAAUCUUUUGAUUUUUUGUGUGUCUAUAUUUCUACAAAACAAUCCUCGUUUGUGUUAAUUAUAUUGAGGGGAGUUUAUUUUUUUAGAAAAGAAUAUGAUAAGGGAGCACUGUCGCAUUUAUGAUAUUCAGAUAGAGGAGGUCUCUGGCGAAAACCAAGAUUGUUUUAAUCAUCUUUGUUUAAAAACCACGAUUAUCAGCUGUGGUCGUUAAACGCACUUUACAGGCUUCCCGAUUGGGUUUGUAGUAAUUAUUAAGAACGUAGAAAUACCUGGUUCUACGCCGUCUAACUUUCUCAACGAGGGUAGAUCUGGAAAUAAAAAGCAAGAAAUGUUCUUCUCUACGAUAAUCGCAUUUAUUAGAGAUUUUUUUUCAUGUAAAGGAACCUCAUAACAUUGCUCACCGAAGGGAGAUAAAGUUUGAAUACGUAUAUAUUUAGGCUGUUUGAUUAUAGAAUUUGCCGUGUAUUCAGUUUAAGGCACUCCCCAAUCGGAACUGGAAUUUUUUUUACGUCUCCCAAAAAUCUCAUUUGAUUACUGUUAUCAACUGUUGUGUAUUAUUGAACAAAAAUUAAAGUUUACCGUAACUUG